GGAGCCUCGCUUGGCACGCACAUGUUGGCCGGGGCGGUGGCGGGGAUCAUGGAACACAGCGUGAUGUACCCGGUGGAUUCCGUGAAGGUGCGUGGGCUGGGGAGGGCAUGGGGGGUGACCUGGGACUGUGCUCUCUUUGAUGCUGGGGGAUGCGCGUGGGGUAUGGGAUGCACAGGGGGUGUAUGGGUGGGCGAGGGGGGUGGUAUAGUGGUGCAGGGUUUGCUCAUGGGGUAUAGAGUUGUGAAAGUGGGUUCAUGUGAAGGGUAUGGGCGUGCAAAGGGGGUGUGUGUAUGGGGUAAGGGUGUGCAAAGGGGGCUUGUGUGUGGAGAGCUGGGGUGCAGGGUGUGUUUAUGGGGCACUCUGUGGGUAUGGGGGGUCCUGGGGCAGUUACGUGCAGGGAGGGUGAGGGGGAAGUCCUGUAUAGGGUCUGAAGGGUUACAUUCCUGGAAUGCAUGGAGUGGAUGUGCAUAGGGUAAAGGAGCUUGCAGGCAGUGCAAGGAGAAUACAUGGAUGAGGGAUGGGUGUGCAAGGGGGAGGUGAAUUCUUGGAGGGUCUCUGUGGGGGGAUGUGUGUAUGGCUCUUGGGAGUGCAUGCACAGGGUAUGGGGGUACAUGCAUAAGGUGUUGGGGGGUAUAGUGUGCAAGGAGGGGAGCUUAGAGAGUGAGGGGGGAAGUUUGCAUGGGGGGAAUAGGGCUGUGUCAGGCUGUGAGCACACACAACCCCAGGGUGCUCUGCUGGGCUGCACUGUGCUGUCACCUCUCCCUGCCCUGACGUGGGAGCUGCACAGAGCCCUCCUGGGCAGCCCCAGCAUGCUCUGCCUGCCAGCUUUACGCAACCACAGUGCAAAGGUGUACGCUGUGCUGCAUUGUGUCCAGCCCUGGCGUAGCAAAGCAAAGUCCUCGUGCGUGAACUCGGAGCAAGAUGCCGUCAGGGAAGUUGCAGGAGUUCUGCUCCUCCUCCGUGCAAGCUUUCUCCUCCUCUAGCUUUGCAAACUGUGCAUGCUGUAAGUACGGAGGUGCUGCUGGUUUGCUGCAAAACACUUUUUUUUCCCCCAGCAACCUGUGUGCCUCCUUGGAGCUGGAGGGAGCUGCUGCCUGCAGGUCCCUGUAGGAUCCUUGCACUCUGCAAGGAACUGAGCCUAAUUAAGCUCAUUACCAUCAACGUCUUUCACUCUCUCAACAUCUUUCUUUUUCUUCCAGAAAGGAAGUGUGCAGUCCCUGCUCCAGGUGAUAUUGCUGGGAUCAGGGCAUGGCCAAGCAGAGCCCAUGGAUGCUGCACAAAGUGGUGUCUGGGGCACCUGAGCUGCUCAAUGGCCUCCAGGAGGAAAUGUUUUGGUCUCAGCAAGUUGUUUUAUCUCAAAGAGAAAGGGAAAAGAUCAUAAUUUGGGGAAAUUGUUUCAGUCACUUGCACGAUCCCUGAGCAUGACAUGCAGCUGUGAUGCUGCUACCCCGCUGGGGGGCUGCAGCCUGCCCAUGGGACACCCCCAGAGCAAUACGUGGGGGCUGGAGCUGUAUGCAGGUGUCCCUGUACAGCCAGGAUCACCCUGCUGUGACCCACAGCUCUGCUGCUCUAUGUGCUUUGGCACUGUUUGAGGCAUUCCCAGCACUGUGGCUGUUUGUUUUGGGAGGGAGAUGCAGUACUGGUCGUGCUCUGCCCGCUGAAAGUUGAAGACCUGUGGUUACUGGGAGUUGCUUGGUGUCUGUUCCUUUGCACCGUCUUCUUUUUUAUGGUGCAGGAAGAACCCAUUGCAACUUGGCCUCAGACCCCAUCACAGCAAGGAGCUAGGGGCAUGCAAUCUGUCUGCAGGGCAGGAGGAUGAAUGGGGUUUGUUGCAGGGGUGGAGCAGUUUGGGGGGGGGGGGGGCUUGGCUGCUUGCAGCUCUGCUCCAGAAAGCAUGCACAUGGAUAGGACUGAGGGCAGUGCUCCUGUGUGAGCAGGUUUGGGAUGUUUGGGUUUGGUGGUAAACCCGUGGGUAUCAGUGCAUGGCCAGAAAGAGCAGUUUGUCCUGUUAGGGGAUGGUGUGAGUGCUGCCAGCCCCGACCAACCUGUCACCCCACCCAUGGUCACUUUGCAGCCACAUGUGGGGACCGGGCACUGCUUGCUGGGAGCUGCUGCAAGACGGAGUGGGUGACUGGCAACUGCUCCAUUGGUCAUGGGGAUGCCAGCUGGUUUGUGCAGUUGUCCGUCAUAUUGGUGAUGCUUUGCAAGGAAAUGCAAAACUGGAGAGCUGGCUCUUGUUAGCAGAAUGCUUCUGGGCAGAAAUCUGUCCUGGCCCCAUGGCUUGUGCCAGCUAGGAAGCAUCUGGGAAGUGCAUCUGCCUCUUUCUGUGCUGAACUUGGUGCAAAGAGAGCAGCAGCAGCACUGACUCAGUGCUAUUGCUGCCUUGAAGGAACAUUUCUGAGCUUUUUGGGUAUAUUUCAGCCUCCUUCCAUCAUGCUUAGAUGGCCAUGUAUCUUUUGGGAUGCAAUAAGAGACACGGAUGCAGAGCCUGCAGCCUGACCCCAAGGCCCAAUACCGGAGUGUAUACGAAGCCCUGAAGAAGAUGGUCCUGACUGAAGGCUUCUGGAGGCCUUUACGUGGGAUCAAUGUCACCAUGCUGGGGGCUGGCCCUGCCCAUGCCAUGUACUUCGCUUGCUAUGAGAAAAUGAAAAAAUCUCUCAGUGAUACCAUUCAGCAUGGAGGGAACAGCCACUUGGCCAAUGGUAUAGCUGGGAGUGUGGCCACGUUGCUCCAUGAUGCAGUGAUGAAUCCAGCUGAAGUGGUGAAGCAACGGAUGCAGAUGUUCAACUCCCCCUACAAAUCCGUCUGGCAGUGUGUGAGGACAGUGCAGAAAACCGAAGGCUUUGGUGCCUUCUACCGCAGCUACACCACUCAGCUCACCAUGAACGUCCCCUUCCAGGCCAUCCACUUCAUCACCUAUGAGUUCAUGCAGGAGAGGGUGAACCCACAUAGGGAGUACCACCCGCUGUCCCACGUCUGCUCGGGGGCCGUAGCGGGGGCCGUGGCCGCUGCUGCCACCACCCCAUUGGACGUCUGCAAGACCUUGCUCAACACCCAAGAAAACACAGCGUUGAGUUCACUUAACAUCACCGGGCACCUCUCGGGCAUGGCCAACGCCUUUAGGACUGUCUAUCAGCUGGGGGGCAUCGCGGGGUAUUUCCGAGGGGUGCAGGCACGUGUCAUCUACCAGAUCCCUUCAACAGCCAUCGCGUGGUCGGUGUAUGAGUUCUUUAAGUACUUUCUCACAAAGCACAAGCUGGAAAAGAGAACAUCCCUUUGAAGGACGUAGUAUGCCCUCUACAUGUGCCAGGAACACACCAGGUCCUGGGGGGAGAUGGGGGGUCACAGCUGAUGCCACUUUCCUGUGGUCCUCAGCCACGUGUUCCCCUCGUUGCCUAAACAGUAGUUUAUGAAAUACUUAUAAUAAUAUAUAUAUUUAAUAACUUUAUUUUGGAGAGCCGAAAUAAUUGAUAUUUUUGUUUUUUCUCUAAGCUUGAAGUUGUAGUUUACUCCUCACCAGAACUCCUAGGUUGUACAACCUAGGCUGUUUUUUUUUUUUUUUUUUUUACAGCAGAAUACCCUAUCUUAGAACUUUUAUAUAAAAUAUUAAAUAGUUGGAUAAUGUUUAUCCUUUAUUUUUCUAUAUAGGUAUUUGGUUUUUUGUUGGGAUUUUUUUUUUUUCUUUUUGAGUACAAUUACAGCUAGAUGCUGAGCUGCUUAAAAAGGGCUAAUUUCUUCCAUCACGUGCAAGGAAGACAUGAAAGCAUUUAUUUUUAUAGCCAGAUUGGCUUUAAUUACACAGCAUUUAGUCCCCAGGCAAAGGUAUUGAGUGAGUGUUGAGGGACUUGGGAGCCCCUGGAGACUUUCUGGGGACUGGGGGGGAAGGAAUGGGGACAUCCCUGUGGGAGACUGAAGGACACCAGGAGGGGCACCCCAGAAUACCUGGGGUGGAAAAAAAAAAAAGCCAAUUUCUUUUUUUUUUUUUUUUUUACAAGGAGACUCUUAAAGAUGUAGAAUAUAAAAGAAGAGUAUUUUUCAAACACUUUUCUAAAGGUACAUUUUUAUGGUGUGUGAUAGCUGGAACUGGCUUUGGUCCUCCCUUAACUUAUUUGUAUGUUUUCACUGAAGCCCUGAUUCUGCUCACAGGAGGGUGGGUUUGGGUUUGCUGCUGCAGUAUGCUGGGAUUUGUGUUCAGCAAUGUUGUGCCUGCUCUGAAGGGGAUCCGCCUUAUUUGCUCCAGCUGGGAAUGGCUCUUCCCAACACAUCCUUUUUAGAAGUGCUCAUUUUUGGAGUACGGCCCUUGCGUGGGGGUGGAGAGCCCCAGAAUUCCUCUUUCCCACUUUGAAAGGACGGGUCUACUCCAGUUGGCUCCUCUCAACGUGGUGUCACGCCACGCAGAGAGCGUUUGUUUUGGAUAUCUCAACCUGUUCUUUGAGUCAUCAGCAGCUGAUGACAAAUUGGAUUAAUUUUGGGGAUUGGAGGACACCACCUGGCAGACCUUGAUUGUACCUGGGGAAAUCUUGACCAUACACGGAGCUCACCCUACUGGGAGCGGCUGAUGGUUGGGGCUGGUCCCAUCCCCUCACCACUGUGCCAGUGGCAGCUUCUGCUCUGCCACGGAUGUAUUUUCAGCUUGGUUUUGACACGUUUGGACUGGCAAGCAUCCCGUCAGCCAGGAUGACACUAAGCAGAGCCAAACCUUCCGCUCCGUUAUUUGGAGAAGCUGCAUCAAUGCGCAUCUCCGUGGGCGGUGCUGCAUGUGCCUUGUGUAAUUACAAUUAGCUCUGUGCCAAUGAUGCAAGGAGGUCCUCGAUGCCUUUUUGUCACUUAAGCUGAGAGAAUCACUGUGUUGAAUGCACCCUUUGUCUUAAAGUGCAAAACUUAACCUCAGUUUGUGGGGUUUUGGCUGGAGAAAGCCUCCAGUUCUUGUGCACACCAGGGUCCUCCAGGCUGGAGAUGCUCCAGCCAGCUGUUGGGUUUGGAUGUCUUGUCUUUUUUUCUUCUAUUUCUGUUGACUUUGGAAACUGGAGAGUCACUAACAGAAACCAGAACUGCAUCAAAGUUGUCCGGUGGAGAUGGGUUGAUGAAAGUCUUGGGUCACUUUAUUGCUCUUGUGGCAUAACGUGGAGGUUAACAGCUCUUUUGGUGCAGCUUUAGGUGGCUCAGCCCGCAGUCCUUGAUGCAUCGUCCUCUCCCUCUGCUUUUACAUCACUGUGGCUUCUUUGCACUUGGAGAGAGCCGUGGGUCAGGGCACAGAGGCUGAGCUCGUUGCAUUGGUUGUGUGCUGAGCAUCCCAAAAUGAGCUCCCCAUCUCUGUCACUGUCCAGAAAAACGUGUGCAUGUCUGGUUUCCUCCCAGGUGCUGAGCAACCAGGUUGUGUUGGGCGCUUGCUGAGAGCAAGGAGCACUUGGAUGUUCAUAGAUCUCUGCAGAUCACCUUGGGUAUUGGGUAAACCCAGAUGGAAAUGGGACAGCUGUGCCCAGUUGGCCUAAAAAUUGCAGAAAUUUAUGGGGUUUCCUGCUGGAUCCCUGCAUUAAAGCCCCACCACCAAAGCUCUUCAUCUCUCCUUGUGUUGUUUGAAAGUUUUGCUGCGAGUCUGAAGUUUUAUUUUAACCUGGUAUGUGAAUCGUGUACUGCUGCUUUGUCUGCAACAAACGCACAUAUAUUUAAGGGAGGAUGAGUAACUUUGUCUGCAGUUUUGUUGUUGGUAUAUAUAUUUUUUUGCCUGCCUCGGAAUUUAAUGUGUUCUCUUGAUGUAUAUUUAACAUUGCAGGAGUUCGUCUGUGAGAUGCUGCUACAGUUGUGUCACUGGAACUCAAGGAAAUAAUAAAAUAUAUAUAUAUAUAUGUA